UUUCACAGCACCAAUAGGGAAUAUGUGAUUGUCGAUUAAUCUUCUGCAUUAAAUUCAAGCCUAUAAGUUGAGUGACGCCCCAGAUGGUAAAGAUUCAUAAAUCAGCCCGACAGAUGGUUCUGCUGUAGGUAUCGACGUUAUUAAAAUGAAAAGUCUGCAACGUAGGUAAAACAAUAUGUAUUGUUUUAACAGAAUUUAUACAUUUCUCUCUGAGAGUAAUUCUGAGAUUGACGCUGACGGAGUCACAGGCAAAGACUAGUAGUAUUUUAAGGCAAGUUAGUUAUAAGCAACCCACAUAACGGAGUCUUCGCCCACGAAGAAAAAGGGGUACAGACAUUGAGGAGAUGUUGGACGCGAGCGCUCAACACCUCACGAGUCACUUGUAUUACACAAACGAAAUGCAUCCAACACAUCUCCCAUUUGCCCCCUCAGUGGUAUAACUUGUGGGCCGGGAGUCGCGUGGUUUACCUACAAUUCUCAAUUAUAUUUGGAUUUUGGAUGCAAUUGAACAUAUAAUUCAUAAUUUAUUUGCAAUUUUUUUCAUUUUAGUCUGUGGCAUUUGACAGUUUUUAAAUAAGACGACUGACAUGACAUUUCUCACAAAUGACAAUAGAUUUCAAAUCAGAAUAUUUGUAGGCAGUUCGCCGAAAUAUUGAUCCACAUAACAAAAACAACCAAUUUGUAAAAAUUAUUGUUUCAUCAAUUUUCGCUUUUCCUUGACUUUACUUCUAAAUGAUAAUUUCCAAGAUUAAUUAAAAUGCGUAUUUGGUUCCUAAUUUAAAAAAGUACCUGCUGUCUGGCUCAUAAAACAACACUUACAAAAUGACUAGUAACUCUCUUUUAUUUUCGAUUAAUAAUGAAGGUAAAGUUUAUGCACUUUCCACAAGCGGGUCUUGUUGGAGAGAAUUUAUGUAUCUUGGCUUGGAAUUUAAAACAUUGUCUGCUGUACCACAUUUUUUAUGGGCUGUUGGUGGAGAUCGACAGAUAUAUCUUCAUGUACAUGGAUUAGAAAUACCUAUAAGGGUUAAAGAAGAAUCAUAUGAGAAUGAAAGAUGGCUUCCUUUAGAUGGGUUUAGUGAUAGGCUUUUGCCUACAGACCGGUAUCACUUUUCUUCUCAAGAUGGAACCAAAGAUAGAUCAAUAGAUUGCAUUAGACUACCCUCAAUGGCUUGGCAGUGGGAAGGUGACUGGCAGCUAGAGCUAACAUUAGAUGGGCAACCCUUAGAUCAUGAUGGUUGGACAUAUGCAGUAGAUUUUCCUGCUCAAUUUGUUCCAGUCAAACAAUGGAAAUCAUGUGUAAGGAGAAGAAAAUGGAUCAGAUAUAGAAAAUUCAGUGCAAUGAAUUCUUGGUGUGCUAUAGCACCACUUCAUAAGGAUCCAACACAAGAGCCAUUCAUAGAUGUUAGCAUUGGAGGUAAUCAAGUCCCGCAUGCCUCUCCUGGCACCUUGUCUGUGUGGGCUAUUACAGCUCAAGGGAGGGUCAUGUAUAGGGUUGGUGUGAGCACAACUUCACCAGAAGGACAAAAAUGGAUAAAUGUGAGCAUUCCACCAAACUGUGAUAUAAAACAGAUAUCUGUAGGUCCAACUGGCUUGGUGUGGGCUUUACUUUGGACAGGCAGGGCUAUUGUUAGAAAAGGUGUAACUAAAGAUUGCCUAAGUGGUGAUGCUUGGCUGGAAGUAAAAUCACCCCCAGAAACCAAAUUAACUUCAUUAUCAGUUGGUUACAAUGUAGUUUGGGCUGUGAGUUCUGACACAAGAGUGUGGUUUAGAAAAGGCAUAGAAGGAUAUUAUGCAGGGAAUUCAGAAACGGCUUGUAUGGGCAGUGGAUGGCUGGAAAUUAAUGGUAAUAUGAUACAUAUUUCUGUAGGCAUAAAUGAUCAAGUAUUUGCUGUUGGAGAGACAAACAAAAGCAUUUAUUGGAGAAGUGGAAUAACAGCUACUGAACUUACAGGAAAAAGAUGGAGAAUGAUACAGGCAAAUAUGCAACUGAGUCGGACCUCAAGCUCAGCUAGUAUUAUUUCAUCAUCAUCAAACACAAAACAUCAUAGCCUUAGUUUAUUGAAUGAAAAUGCUGUAGAGUUAAAAACAAAUAUUAAUUUACGAAAUUCCUGGGAGGAGUCACAUUCAGCACCUAUUGAAAACACUCUACCAUUAAAACCAUCCAAAGAAGUAAGACCUAAAAAGAAUUCUAAUGCCUUAGAAAAUAUUGAUUUAUCAGGGAAGAGUUAUGAAACUACUUUAAAAAAUCCCAGAGCUUGGAGUCCUGUUAGAAGUGUGGGGUCAGUUGUGGGUAUGGAGGCACAACCUGAUAGUGAUAGUAGUGUGUUUGAUGUUGAUUCAGGUAUGUAUUUCGAUGAAGAGGUAAGUCAGGCUGCUUGGGGUACAUGUGAUGCAACAUGGACUUUCAUAGAGGCUGGAGCAUGCUCCAUAGAUUCUGUACGUGUACCGCAAUGGUUCUCAGAUUCCAAAAAUGGUCACAAUUGUGAUAUAAAUGCCAAAUGGCGAUUUGAUAUUUUGGAUGCCUUGAAAAAUAGAAGUAAUAAAGAUAUUGAUCUCAGUAAUUUUGGUUUAGCUAUUGAAGAAAAAGGCUGGACUCGUAGUUGCGAGGCUAGAUUAGUGAGUGAUAGUAUAAGUGAAGACUGUAUAGUUUCCAUUUAUUGGCAUGCACUAGAAAAUGCUGGCACCUUAUCAGUAUUUCAACCAGAUGGCACAAUCAAAUUUAUAUUAAAUUUAAGAGAAAUAACUAGCAUAAUGACCUCAUCAGAACCAGGUUCUCCAAGGAUAACAUUGACAAUACCACACCAAAAUCAGAAAACAAUAAAAAUACAGUACAUUUCAGAAAUUGAACAAGAGGAGUGGUUAAGUGUACUAGUUGAUAUCACUUCACAGAUUAAUGGAUUGUCUGGUAAACCAUCCAGUCAUUCAGUUUGGUUGGUAACAAGUUCAGGAGAUGUGCUCAAUUGGGAUCCCACCUCAACCCAAUUAAAUUCAGAAAAAAAUGGCAGCUAUAUUAAAGAGUUUCAAGUGUUCAACCAAGAUAUAACUAAUGGUUACACCACAACCCUGCAUAACAAUUUCCCUUCAGGGAGUAUGUUGAAAAUAACAGGUUGUUUAUUUGAUGUCAUCAAUAGAUUUCACAUAAAUUUGCAAGGGCCAGAAGUAUUAAAACAAAGACAUAAGAUUGAAACAGAAGUUAGUGAUGUACCAUUUCAUUUUAAUGUGAGGUUUGAUGAAAGUACAGUUGUUUGCAAUACAAAGAAAUCAGGCUAUUGGGGCAGUGAAGAAAGAUAUGAGUUGCCUUUAAAACCUGGUGAAGAAUUUUUAAUUAAAAUAAUAUCAGAUGGUCCAGGAUUCAAAGUCAUUGUCAAUGAUAAGCAGCUUUGCUUUUACAAACAUAGACUAAAUCCCGAGAGCAUAAUGUCAGUAUUAGUAAAGGGACCCUUAAAACUUUAUACAAUGGAAUAUAGUUCGACCAGUCCAAUUAUUGGUCCCGAUGAAAUGAUUUGGCGAAUGAUGGGAGGCUAUUUGCGUAAAGUAGAAUGUUGUCAAAACGGUAUCGUGUGGGGAAUCUCACACGACCAUAGCACCUGGGUCUAUACAGGAGGAUGGGGCGGUGGCGUACUUAAGGGAAUCGGUGGAAAUGAGGGUAUACAUUCCAUUUCCGAUACCCAAACAUAUUGUGUUUAUGAGAAUCAACGUUGGAAUCCACUAUCAGGUUACACAUCGACUGGUCUCCCGACCGAUCGUUAUAUGUGGAGUGAUGUUACAGGGAAACAUAAAAGGACACGUGAACACACUAAAUUACUCAGUCGUCACUGGCACUGGGUUUCAGAGUGGAUAAUAGAUUACAACACUCCUGGUGGUGUAGAUAGUGAUGGUUGGCAAUACGCCACAGAUUUUCCGGCCCCGUAUCAUGGAAAGAAAGUUUUCACAGACUGCGUGCGUCGUCGCAGAUGGUACAGGAAGGCAAAAAUUGUAUCUGAAGGUCCAUGGGUCCGGGCUGGAUCCACCGCUAUCAUUGAUAUAUCAUUAUGGGCAAAUAACAAAGAAGCAUCUGCUUGGGCUGUGACUUUAGGUGGUGAAGCAAUUUACAGAACUGGAGUAACAACAGCUACACCUGCGGGUACAAGUUGGGAACAUAUAAAUAGUCCGAAUACGUUUGUAGCUAUCAGUACCUGUGACAAUGUGAUAUGGGCUGUUGGUAGAAGAGGAGAAUUGUACUACAGAGAGGGUGUUUCAAAAGAGACACCUGGUGGUUCAAGUUGGAAAAUUAUAGAGACACCUAAAUGCACAUUCCCAUUCAACCAAAAGACUGGUGUGGGAGCUAAAUUAGUAUCUUUGAGUAGUAACUCAGCUUGGGUGAUACUUACUAAUGGGUAUGUUGCUGUCAGAACAGAAGUAAACAAAAAUCAAGCAGCAGGCAAACAGUGGAAAUAUUUGACAGACUGCGAGUGGACGUUUAAACACGUGUCUUGUAUGGGCGAUGAAGUGUGGGCUGUUAGAAGUGAUGGCAGUGUUUACCGGAGACUGGGUGUGACCGCUGACCACGCUCCCGGCAUAGCCUGGCUGUUAGUACUACCCGGACCAAUAGUACAUGUAUCGGUCAGGGGAUGCUCAUAAUGAAAGUUAAUUACGUACCUACUAGUAACAAAGGCAUAUUCGUCAUUAAAGUAAAAAAUAUUUCUUGUGUUCUCAGAAAUUUUUAUUUUAAAAUAUUUUUUUUUUUAUUAUGAAUUUAAUUAUUGUUCUUUAAAGAAUAUUUACUCAUAGAAUAAGUAUAUACAUUUAUUUAAGUUUUUGUCUCAGUGUGUAUGAACGGAAGUAUUUAUGUCCAAAGAAAGCUUGUUUUUGGUGUUAAAUGGUAAAGUUAGGUAUGUGAAUUUAGCUUAAAUCGCUGAUAAAAAAUAACACAAUGCGUGUGGAAGAAAAUCUUGAAUAAUACUCUUCAUAACUUGAUGUUUUGAUGCUAACUCUGGUAUGGCAGGCUCUUCUGGAUAAAUCUUUAAUCGCUUAUAUUUAUAAUGUUGUAUAUUCUGUUGUAUCGUACAAUGUAGGUUGUUAUAAAUUCACAUUCCAAUAUUAUUCCUCCUUUUAAGUGGUAAUUUAAUAAAAACAUUUAUAUCUCCUCUGAUAUUAUUUGUCCUAGGUUUUAAAUGUUUUAUAAAGAAGCUCAUAAAGUAGAAUUUAUUUAUUUUAGAUUUUAAGUGUAUUUUUAAGCUUGUAUCUAGUCACGAAACGUCUUAAAUUCCCUAGUCUAAAAUUUUGUAACAAAUCUUAAUUGUAUACCAAAUGUAAACUCGGCUUGGUUUCAAUAAA